UGGAGGACCAGCAGUGUGUCAGAGACAGGGAGCGAGAUGGGCAACGCCAUGCGAGGCGUCGUUGCCUUCAUUCCCUCAGAGCGCUGCCAACGCUUCUUAGUCGGGGACCUGAAGGAGAUGCCACUUGAUCGGACCCUGGACCUGAGCAGCCGACAGUUGCGUCGGCUGCCUGUUGCUGCCUGUGUCUUCGAUGAGCUGGUGAAGCUUUACCUGAGUGACAACAACCUCAGCAGUUUGCCGGCUGAACUGCGGGGCCUGAAGAAGCUGCAGCUCCUGGCCCUUGACUUUAACUGCUUUGAAGAGCUCCCUGCAGCUGUUUGCAGAUUGCCCCAGCUCAGCAUCCUUUACCUGGGUAACAACAGGCUUUGCUGUCUUCCAAGGGAAUUGAGAGAGCUCAAGGAACUUAGUACUCUCUGGCUGGAGACUAAUUGCUUCACUGUUUUCCCCGAGGUUGUUUGUGAGCUCUCUAAUCUCAAGACCCUGCACCUCGGUUAUAAUCAGAUACAGAGUUUACCAAAAGAGCUCAGUAGACUAGAAGAGCUAAGAAGUGUCUGGCUUGCAGGGAACCAGCUGGCAGAGUUCCCACCAGUGUUGCUGGAAAUGCACUUUCUAGCCGUCAUUGAUGUGGAUCGGAACAAAAUACGCCGCUUCCCAGGCCUGUCUCACUUGCAGGGGUUGAAACUCGUCAUCUAUGACCACAAUCCUUGCGUGAACGCCCCGGCGGUAGGCGAGGGAGUGAGAAGAGUCGGGCGCUGGGCGGACAGCCCGGACGACGAACAGGAAGAUGAUGGGUCAAAAGCGGCGAGCGAGGCGACAGCAGAGGUCACGGAAGCACACGGCGAGGAGGAGCUUGACAUGUAG